UUUAGUGAGAAAUUUGGUAGCUUUUUGAAAAAAAAAACAACCACACCUCCCACCCAAACACCUUAGAGGAUGAGCUCUCUUGUCAGUUACCGGGCAGUCGCCACUGGCACAGAGAGGAUGAGCAGAGGAGGGGACGGCAAGGUGGUGUGUGUCACGGGAGGGUCAGGAUACAUAGCUUCAUGGCUAGUUAAGCUUUUGCUUCAACGUGGCUACACUGUCAAAACCACUGUCCGUGACCCAAAUGAUCCAAAGAAAACAGAACACUUGCUUGCACUUGAAGGAGCUAAAGAAAGACUUCAUUUGUUCAAAGCUAAUUUAUUGGAAGAAGGGGCUUUUGAUCCUAUUGUUGAUGGAUGUGAAGGUGUUUUUCAUACAGCUUCCCCUGUUUCUUUUUCACCCACUGACGACCCACAGGUUGACCUAAUUGAUCCUGCCUUGAAAGGAACACUAAAUGUUCUUAGAUCAUGUGCAAAAGUUCAUUCUAUCAGGAGAGUGGUUUUAACCUCUUCAGCCGCAGCAUGUAUAUAUAGUGGAAAACCUCUGAACCAUGAUGUGGUUAUUGACGAGACCUGGUAUUCAGAUCCAGCUAUUUGUAAGGAAUUGAAGGCUUGGUAUGCACUUUCAAAAACCUUAGCUGAGGAGGCUGCUUGGAAUUUUGCAAAAGAGAAUGCUACUGACUUGGUUACAGUGCAUCCAUCAUUUGUGAUUGGCCCUCUUUUACAGCCAACUCUUAAUUUAAGUGUGGAGAUGAUUCUCGACCUUGUCAAUGGAGCUGAGACAUACCCAAAUGGAUAUUAUAGGUGCAUCGAUGUUAGAGAUGUUGCAAACGCACAUAUUCAAGCUUUUGAAAUUCCUUCAGCUAGUGGCAGAUAUGUUUUGACAGCAUAUGUCACAACCUUUUCUGAGGUUCUGAAGAUCAUCCGUGAAAACUAUCCUACUUUGCGCCUUCCUGAAAAAAGUACAGAAAGCAUGUUCAAGCCAUACCAGGUGUCCAAAGAGAAAGCAAAAACUUUGGGUAUCAACUUCACUCCACUGGAUUUGUCUCUCGUAGACACUAUUGAGAGCUUGAAGGAGAAGGGCUUUCUCAAAAUCUGAUUUAGGCUAUAUUUAACGGUAUGGUGUUCCAGUAAAUAUACUGGUCCUCUCAGUUUCAGUCAAAUUUAAUUCUUCUUCUUCUUCUUGUAUGAUAUAAUUUUAUGUGCAUUCUGGAUACCUGAAAAUAAAAUUAUGUAUAAGUUGUAGGAUUUGCGUUUUGAAGUCUAUUUCCUGCCAAUGAGAUGUCAGGACAUCGUAAAGAUUUGGAAGUCUUGUAAUGAAUUUGCGCUGCUGAUUCUGUGAUGGAAUAAUCUUAGAACUCAA